AUGUUGUCUACUGUUGUGGGAUGUUUGGUGUUCACCCUGCUGGGCUCAGGGAAGGCUCAAGUUGCUGGCCAGGGCCAGGGCCAGGGCCAGGGCCAGGGCCAGGGCCAGGACAGCUCUGCCACUCCAUGGAGGCAGGUGAUUCAGUGGGAGAACAAUGGCCGGGUGUUUAGCCUUCUUAACAGUGGAGCUGAAUAUGUCCCUGCUCGAGCAGGGGCCCAGGACAGAGCUCCGAGGGUGGUUGUGGCAGAUUCUCAUCCGCGCUCACCAAGCAGGCCCCAGGGAGGUAAUGUCCGCCGACAGGCCCCUUCAAGAGGAUCCUCUGAGACUGUCCGUGGCCAGGCAAGACAUCCUUUUGGCUUUGGGCAAGUACCUGAUAAUUGGAGAUCAACUGCAGGCAGCACAGGUGGGAGCCAGUUCCAGGGAUCAUCUGCCUCUCGCUUCAGGCCAUCCACGGGCUUUUCAUCCUCAUCAUCAUCCUCAUCUUUCUCUUCAUCCUCUUAUAAUGUACCAUCCUACCCACAAUACCAGUAUCCUCAACAGACUCCCUUCCAACCAGUGCCUUAUGACCCUAGUUAUGUGGAGGCACCAGUCAGGAGCUAUGAGCCUCCCUUUCAGCCUGUUGGUGGUGGAGGAUAUCCCGUUGGAGGAUACGGUGGUGGCCCGGCUUAUCCUGGAGGAGGGUAUGUAGGUGGUGCAGCCCCAGUGCUCCCUGGCUCCCCAUCCGACUUUACUGACGAUGGCUACCGCUACUUCCAGUCUUACAACUACGGGCCCGUUCCUGCGGUUCCUGCUGUUCCUGCGGUUCCUGCACGUGCCGCACAACCACCAUUCGCAGAUGGUCUGGACCGCAGAUACACCCACAGUCUCUUCAAUGGGGACAGUGCUCCUGCUGUCCCUGUCCCCAAUCCCAACCAGGCCACACCGAUGUUACAGGACAGGACUGGACCGGCAGUGCAACCACAAAUCAGGAGCCCUCAAUAUGAGCAGUUUCCUCCAUUUGGAAAUCCCCAACCUCCUUUCCUACAACCCAUUCCUGCAGGAAGAAAUUCUCCAAACUCUGCCGUUGAGAACCCCAAUAUGAAUGUUGGAAGUGUGUACCGGCAGGAACAGAUAGGUUUUCCUGACCUGGUUCCUGAUCCCAAUUAUGUCCAGGCCUCGACAUACAUCCAGAGAGCGCACAUGUAUUCUCUCCGCUGUGCUGCAGAGGAAAAAUGUCUGUCAAGCUCUGCCUAUGGCCCUGAGACCAGUGACUACGAUGUAAGGGUCUUGCUGCGAUUCCCACAGAGGGUGAAAAACAAGGGCACUGCCGACUUCAUGCCGAACAGGCCACGUCAUACCUGGGAGUGGCAUAGCUGUCAUCAGCACUACCACAGCAUGGAUGAGUUCAGCCAUUAUGAUUUACUGGAGGCCAGCACUGGCCGUAAAGUGGCAGAGGGUCACAAGGCGAGCUUCUGUCUGGAGGACACCACCUGCGACUUUGGUCACCUGAAGCGCUACGCCUGCACCUCUCACACUCAGGGUCUGAGCCCCGGCUGCUACGAUACAUACAAUGCUGAUAUCGACUGCCAGUGGAUCGACAUCACAGACAUCAAACCUGGAAACUACAUACUAAAGCUCCAGGUUAAUCCCAAAUUCUUGGUAAAGGAAUCAGACUUCACCAACAACGUGGUCAGGUGUAACAUUCACUAUACAGGACGGUUUGUUCGAACAACCAACUGCAAGAUAGCACAGUAA